CUCGCAGCCUCGCGCAUGCGCACUGGGUCCACCACAGCGAUGGCCGAGUCGGGCGACACCUCCGUCUACUCCUGUCUGGCCGAGUUUGACGCACAGCUGCGCUCCUACGAGGACAAAACCAAGACCAAGUUUGUUGUUUUGAAGAGCGACAAACUGUUCGGAAAAACCGAGCUCCGUGUGGCCGGGAAGGCUGUCCACUGGCAGCUGAAGGCGGUGCCCUUUGACGGUACGCCCUUCGUGGUGCUCGGCACGAAAACCUUCAUAUGCCACCGGGGCCGAGACAAACAUGCCGCAGCGAAAAGAAAGCGAGAGGAGAAAAUGGCGAAGCAUCAAGAAGACCAUGUGUAUGCAGAGACCAGGCAGAUGAUGCAGACAACAAAAAAAACUGGUUGUCCUGCAGCCAUAUACGCAGUGCAUAUAUGUAGAUUUCCUGAUUAUAAGAUAAACGAGGACACCCCGUAUCAGAGGCGAGAAAAAUCGGCAGCUGUGAGAAAAGCGCUGAGAGGAGACCCGUCACAUGUGGGAACGGAGCAGAUGUUCGCUGCUUAUUUCCCACAUGUGACGGAGCAUAAAGGCCACCCCGUUGUUGGAAAGGGAGCAGAAGUGUGUGAGCCCCCGAGGUUAAAUCCUCUGGAUGAGGACGUCUGCAACAUCACAGACAAAGUAAACCUAAAGCCCGGGACGAGGAAGAGCAGUGUAGACCAGCUGCAUUUACAGGAGCUGGUGGAGUCAUGGCAGCAGGAGGGAUGUGCUGUUGAGUACAGGCGCUGUCAGGAGAGGGAUGACGGCACCACUGAGAAGCUGCUCCUCUGUCUGCAGACCCCAUGGCAGAGGAGGCUUUUGGAGCUGUACGGGCAACAACUGUGCUUGCUCGACGCAGCGUAUCGUACAAGCAGGUAUUCAGUGCCGCUCUUCUUCCUCUGUGUGAGAACUAAUGUCAAUUACAUUGUGGCUGGAGUCUUCGUCACACAGUCUGAAGUGAAGGAGGACAUCAGAGAGGCGUUGGAGGUGUUCAAAAAGUGGAACGCAGGCUGGAACCCAUCCCACUUCAUGGUUGAUUUUUGUGAGGCAGAAAUUGGGGCUCUUGAAGAGGUGUUUACGGAUUCCAAAGUGAUCCUCUGCGAUUUUCACCGGGAGAAAGCGUGGAUAGAGUGGACAAGAAAAAAAGAUCAUUCAGUGACCUGCCAGGAGGAAGUUUUGAAAAUUCUCCGGGUCAUUGCAGACUCUGCGACGGCUGAAGAAUUUGAGAACACCACCCUCCUGCUUAAACAGCACCCAGACUGGCAGACAAAUGAGAGGCUGAGCAGCUGGCUCUCCAGCACAUGGCUUUGCCAAGCACAGAGAUGGGUUAAUGCAUUCAAGAACGAGGAGCUGAGGGUGGCUGUCUACGCAAACAAUGGAGUUGAGAGACAAAAUGAAACACUCAAACACUCGUACCUGAAGGGCUACAGGAGCUGCAGUCUCAGCGACACCAUCACUGUUAUUGUGCAGGAUUUCCUGCCAAGAUCUUAUCAAAGAUACAUUGAAUUGAACGCCAAAUGUUCAAGUAGUUACCAGGUAUACAGCCAAAAUGUGCCGCCGUACCUCAGAGACAAACCCAGAAUCAUAGCUGAGCACAUCAUGACAAGGCAUCAGGAGUCACUGAUAUUCACAGAGGGACAGGUGACAUCUGCAGGGGAGGACAGCUUCAAGGUCAGCAGUCAGACAGCACCGCAGCAGUGCACCGUGUCCUUCGGAUCAGAGAGUCGGAUGCCAUCAUGUACAUGUAAAGACUGGCAGGAAAACUUGCUCCCAUGUAAGCACUUCUGUGCAGUGUUCAACCUGGUGCCUGGCUGGAGUUGGGACAGUCUGUGCCUCGCGUACAGGGAGAACCCUCUGUUUUUGCUCGAUGAGGUGUGUCUUGGGCACGCCACUGACAGCUCAGGUACCUCUGCACCAUCAUAUGCAGGCUGCCACUCUACAGUGACCGAACCCUCCGACUCUGAGCAACAAACCCUUGGAGGCUGCCACUCUCCAGAAUCGUCCUCCAGCUUCAGAGCAAAAGCAUGGAAGCGCCAGAAGUGUGAUAGUUUGUUAAAAGAAUUGGCAGACACAAUCUACCACCUGGAAGACGAAAGCUACAUGGACAGGGUGAUAGAGAGAUUAGAGGACUUUCUGGAGGACGUCAGACAACAUACUGGCUCUCUUGCCCUGUCGUACACACCCCCAGUCAAGAGGAGCUGCUCAGAGGCCGCCGAGCAGCUCAGGCCUCUGAAAAAGCACCGGAGAAAACCACAAUUCCCUGGCUGCAGCACAGACAUUGCUAGAAAGAUGCAUAAAUCAAUCAAUCUUUAACAAUAAUCUUAUAUGUUGUAACAUUAGCCUGUUGAAAGCUUGAAUCCCGUGUUUUCUGUACAGGUAUUCUUGUUUUAUUACCAUUGCAAGGAUGAUUGAUGUUCUCCUUUUGUACAAACAGAAAGAUGCAAAAAUCAAUUCAUCUAACAUUAGUAUGUAAGGAGAUCUGUUUUUUUGGGUUGUUUUUUUAUUGCCACAUUUUCAUUAAUUUUGUGUUGGGGGAUAUAAUUAAAUAUCAAAUAAUCAGAAAACUUAAAUAUUGUUGCUGUGUUGUAAUGUGGCAUGUAAUAUAAUGUAACAGUGUAAUGUAACAUGUAGGCUAAUCUAAACACUACAUCCUCUUAGACGGCACAUACAAACAAGCAGUUUUAGGUUAUAUGGCUUUGAAAUGAAAAAAAAAAAAGCAUUUUGUCUAGAUGUCAGAUAAAUAGAAAGUGCAAUCAACAGAAACUCACUCAUGUAGACAUUCAUAGGUAAGUCCUAAAGUAACAUAAUGCUGUUUUCAUGGGGUGAUAUGCGCUCAGUGCUGUAAAGGCUGUCUCUACAGGUGUGAGGAUGUGGAGGUUUCUUAAUGGAUGAGCCUCCAAUGGAGAAAAUGUGAUGUGCUGCUACAGGACAGGACUUCUUACAACGGGAGGUUUCCUAAGUGCCUUUCUGAUAAAGAAAACUCAGGUUCCCUCUGAGAUGCCUCUGCAAGUGAGGAAACACCAUGAAGUGCCCUGGCAAUGGAGAGAAAAUCAAAAAAGAGAUGCAGUGCCCUGUAGUCUCCCAGUCAAGGUGUUCUGUAAGGCAGGGUUUCCAAAAGUGAGGCUGUGACAGUAGUCCAGAGCUGCCACCAAAUACUUUGCAAAGUGUUUGGUGGCACUGAGUGGGACCUGGGAGGCAGGCAGCACAGCAGACUGUCUUCAGGUUGGAAAAUUUACCAAUUCUGAAUGACCAAAAACAAAUGUAAAGAAAUGUACACUGCCUGUGCUUUUAGAGAAAGCUCUAUCAUGUUUUACCCUGGAUACUUUGGUAAGGAGCCAGCUAACUGAACAGGUACCUUGCUUAGCUGAUUCUAGAAAUCUCUCCCUAAAGAAAUUAUUUUCGAGUAAUCUGCACAAAAAGCAUAUAGGACUUUAACGUCUGGUGUGAAUUGCUUUUUCACAACUCAGAUAAGAAAUAAAGUGAUACAGAUA